AUGGACAACAUUCUAGGCCUUAUCAGAAUUCGUAUAAAAAAAGGCACUAAUCUCAUACCUCGUGAUUCUCGUACCAGUGACCCUUAUGUUCUUGUCACCAUGGCUCAACAGACACUGAAAACUGCUGUUGUCAAAGAUAACUGUCAUCCAGAAUGGAAUGAAGAAUUGACACUUUAUAUUCAAGAUAAAGAUCUUCACACAAACACACCAAUACAACUUACCGCUUGUGACAAAGACACGUUCAGUGCGGACGACAAAAUGGGCGAAGCAGACAUUGACAUUAAGCCGUAUCUUCAUUGUGUGAAGAUGGGGCUUACCGAUGUCCCGGAAGGACACGUUGUCAAGAUGGUUCAACCAGAUAGGACUAACUGUUUGGCCGAAGAGAGUAGAUGCAUAUGGAGAAACGGAAAACUCGUUCAAGAAAUGAGUUUGAGGUUGAGAAAUGUUAAGUCGGGUGAAAUAUUCGUCGAAAUUGAAUGGAUUGAUGUUACAGAUUCCAAAGGUUUAUCUGAGGUUGAGUUAUAG